AUGAAAUUAUUCUGCAAAAAUGGUGGAAAAUGCAAUGUACAGGGACGAAAUCGAACAUCGUGCAAACUUUGUCGUUUCAAUAAAUGCAUUGAAGUUGGAAUGGCACCACAAAACUCACGUUAUGGUCGUCGUUCAAAAUAUUUCAAAGUUUCAUCGCUUUUAAAAGCCCAAGAACGAGCUCGUUUUUCUGGUAACUAUCAAUCAGCUGACCUAUUAACUUCACCGGCCCAGCUGAUCAAACCAACAAUACCACCGUCACCAGUUUGGGCCUUGCCUAUUUGGCUAUCCACUAAUAUUUUCAACACUCGAGAUGUCAUAGUGGUCAAUAAUGCCUGUAAUCAAAAAGAUCUAAGCCAUUUUAUUCAAUCAUAUCCUCAAACAGAACCAUUAGAUUUAUCAAUUAAAAAAUGA